UUAUCGGAAACCCAAUUAUAUAGGAGUACUACUUACAAACACAUAAUAACUAGAACAUAACACGAACCCAGAAGAAGAAGAAAAUAAAAUGGGGGGAAUCCAACUCAACGCAGUCCCCUUCACAUUCGCAACCCACGUGUUGGGCGCAAUCGCAGCGGUGAUGGUUCUUGUCUGGUCAAUACACUUCAGAGGAGGAUUGGUUUUUGAAUCUUCCAAUAAAAAUCUCAUCUUUAAUCUUCAUCCUGUUUUGCUUUUAAUUGGCUUAAUUAUCAUUGGCGGUGAAGCAAUCAUAAGCUACAAAUCUCUCCCAUUAAAGAAGAAAGACAAGAAACUGGUACAUCUAGUUCUGCAUGGAAUUGCGCUGGUACUAGCCAUAUUCGGGGUUUACAUGGCAUUUAAAUUUCACAAUGAGAGUAAUAUUGCCAAUCUAUACAGUUUACAUUCCUGGAUUGGGAUUGGGGUUGUUGUCCUUUAUGGCAUACAGUGGAUUUAUGGUUUUGUGGUAUUCUUCUAUCCUGGCGGUACUCCUUUGAUCAGAAAGGAGUCGCUCCCAUGGCACAUUCUAUUUGGCUUAUUUGUGUACAUCCUAGCUGUUGGCACUGCCUGUCUAGGAUUUCUUGAAAAGCUUACGUUCCUUCAGAGCUCCGGGCUUGAGAAGUACGGUUCAGAGGCAUUCCUUGUCAACUUUACAGCAAUAGCCACCAUUUUGUUCGGAACCUUUGUUGUGUUGUCAGCUCUAUCUCAAGGCCCGCGUGAGGAUGAAUACAGCUACACAGCUAUAUCAAGCUAAAGUUGGAAUUGCUCCCAUGAAAUAGAACUUUUAUAAUCUGUAUUGGCCUACCACCUGUAAAGUUAUUCACUGUUAUUUAGCACACUGUUGCCCAGGUGUUAGCGACGAAUUUUAUUACCUGCAUCUGUAUGGACCUUUAAUAUAUGUGCAUUACAAAUGAAGAAUAGAGAAUGUAUCUUUAGUUAUCACUUUAA